AGUGCGCAGGAGCGUUUCAAUGCGGCGUUUGAAUUUUUAGUCAGAGGUUUCAAAGCCCAGCGUCGGAUCGAAAUAAGACGUAAAUAAAGUUGUACAGGUGUCAAAACAGCACUUAUAGGUUGUGUAAACCGCAAUCUGCGGCGUGAGGCGGACAGCAUGAGGAAGAGCGAGAUCCACGCUGCAGAGUCUGUAUCGAGUCUGAACAAGGCUCUCAAUCAGCUAAAAGACAUCUGGGAGGAGAUCGGGAUCCCAGAAGACCAGAGGCUGCAGCGUACCGAUGCCGUGCACAUGCACAUCAAGAAUCUGCUGGACAUGAUGAUUGCAGAGGAGGAAGGACUGAAGAAGCGCUUGCUGACAAGUAUUGAAGCAUGCAGAAAUGAAGUGUCCAGUCUGUGUGAUGAACUCCAGCUGCAGGAGUUUCAGGAGGAAGAUGGCCUUACGAUGCUGCAGUUGGAGAAGGACCUCCGCACGCAGGUCAAGUUGAUGCUUAAAGAAAAGAGCUCUCGCCAGACUGAGCUGAAGUCUCUGAUUCAGCAGGAUCAAGAUCUGUGUGAUGUCCUGUGUGAAGACCUGUUCCCCAUCCAUCCCGAACGCGUGCCUUCACAGCAGCAGCUGCAGAACUACAGGCAGCACAUCAACACACGCAACCAGGAGAAGGAGCGCCGUCAUGCUGAGUUUGUGGAAAUGAAGCGUCAGAUCACCGUGUUGAUGGAGGAUUUGGAGCAGAGUCCUGACACCACCUUUGAGAAAGAUGCAGUGUGUGAGGACGAAGAUGCCUUCUGUCUGUCGGUGGAAAACAUCAGCUCUCUUAAAGUGCUACUGCGGCAGCUGGAGACGAGGAAGGCUGAAAGUGAAGCGCUGAGCGUGUCUAUCCAAGCUCGCAUUGAGGAAUUAUGGGAGAUGUUGGAGAUUCCACUUGAAGAAAGAGACGGCCUCAUGCUGCACACCCACAGCAGCACAAAGAGCAGAUUGAAUGCGCUGCAGGCAGAGUUUCAGCGAAUGGAGGGGCUGAAGAAGAAAAACAUUGAGCGUGUCAUUCGCACAAUCAGAUCAGAGAUCGUCAAAUUUUGGGAGAAGUGUUACUUCAGCCAGGAGCAACGAAGAGCCUUUCUUCCCUUCCACAGCGAUGAUCUGGACGACGACCUGCUGCGUGAACAUGAGCAGGAGUUGGAGAGACUGAAGCAGAAUUACACUGAAUACAAAGAGCUGUACGACGCCGUUUCCACCUGGAGCAGCAACUGGACUCUCUACCAGGAGCUGGAGAAAAAAGCCACCGAUCCCUCUCGCUUCAACAAUCGAGGAGGAAACCUGCUGAAGGAGGAGAAGCAGAGGGUGGACCUGCAGAAGAGUUUGCCCAAGCUGGAGAAGAGUCUGAAGGCUCAGAUCGACCAAUGGGAAGCGGCGCAGUGUAAAGAGUUCCGUGUGAACGGCCAGCAGUUCCUGCAGUAUGUGGAAGAGCAGUGGAGUCAUCACCGCAUGCAGAAAGAGAUGGAGAAGCAGGAGCGGCAAAUGAAGAAAAUAAAGCAGACGGAGGAGGAUCUGUUGUACGGUACCGUCAUCAGAACCCCAACUAAGAGGAGAAUUGCGGGAACCCCGACACCUGGAAAAACACGCAAGCUGACCUCUGCCUCCAGCAUGUGUAGCUCCACCCCUAACACUACACUCCGCUCCAUAUGCUCCUCCCCUUCUAUGAGACCGCCUCUUUCCUCCAGCAAGUUGAACGCUCGAACCCCUGCUCGCGGCAGAACUCCUCGCGGUCUGGAAAGGAAUAAGGAGAAUCUUUCUCACUUGAGCGGCGCUUUACGCACAAUGACCGCCAGCCCUCACAGCAACUACUCCAUCACAUCCGUGGCCUCCUCCUACUCGGAGUUUGCACGGGAGCUCUCGAACGCUUCUAAAUCCACAGUCAAGACUGGACUUCUGAACUCCACCAUCACACACUGAAGCAGCUCGGGCAUCAAUGAAGACAAAGCUUUUAUGGAAACACUGAAUGUAAACACUUUAAAUUUGUUGCAGAUUUGUACAUAUUUUAGCUCUGCUUUUUUAAUAUUUUUCUUGUCUAGUUUUCCCCUUUAUUUAAAUCUUCAUUUUGACUUUCGAGCGGAUGAUUUUCUCUCUUUGAAUUUGACUACAUGUAAGUUUUUCUAAAAACUCUCUCAACACUGAUCUUUUUUUUUUUUUUUAUCUUUAAUACUCUAAAAUCACGAGGAUGUUUUAGAUCUUCUUCUCUGUAUUUGCACAGCAACACUGUUUACUUGGCAUUACUCACCCUGGUGGAUGGCAUUCUGUAAAUAAAUGUGUUUUCAUGGGGACACGGUGUACUCCG